CCGGUUGAGCAAGAAAACGUGGAACCGUAACAAUGAGAGUAUAAUUACCUUUUCGGUUCUGCAGAUACAAGUUUGGUGUAGAGAAAAUGAAAAUCGCGAAAACAAUAACUCUUGUUCUACUAAUAUCGUUCCUUUCAGUUUUUCACUUCUCAAACGCUGAAGAAGAACCUUUUGAUGUUCGCAAACAUCUCUCUACUGUCUCCAGAUACGGUGUUGUGAAAGACAUUACUGACAAGAACUUCAUUCCUUCUAAAAUUCCUGAAGGAUGCACUCCAAUACAUUUAAACCUAGUGGCAAGGCAUGGGACCCGUUCUCCAACGAAGAAAAGAAUAAAGCAGUUGGACGAUUUGUCGGGCCAUCUGGAAGUUCUUGUAAGGGAUGCGAAAGAGAGACAUUUGUCUUCGGAGAAAGUUCCGUCGUGGAUAAAUGGAUGGAAAUCUCCAUGGCAAGGAAAGCUUAAGGGGGGAGAGUUGGUUAGAUUAGGAGAGGAGGAAUUAUAUGCUCUUGGAAUCAGGAUUCGAGAUAGGUUUCCUAGUUUGUUUGAUGAGGAUUACCAUCCGGACAUAUAUCCUAUAAAGGCAACUCAGAUUCCCCGAGCAUCAGCUAGUGCUGUGGCAUUUGGAAUGGGUCUUUUCAGUGGCAAUGGAACUCUUGGACUUGGGCAGCACAGAGCUUUUUCUGUUAUAAGUGAAAACCGUGCUAGUGACACUAUGCUGAGAUUUCAUGAAUGUUGUCAUAACUACAAGGAUUUCAGGAAAAAGCAGGAGCCUGCAGUUGAUAAACUUAAGGAACCUAUCUUGGAUGAGAUUACAUCUGCAUUAGUUGGGCGUUAUGGGCUGAAUUUUACAAGACAGCUUACAGCAUCUCUCUGGUUCUUAUGUAAAGAGGAAGCAUCCUUGUUGGAUAUAACUGAUCAAGCUUGUAGUCUUUUCAGCCCAUCUGAGAUUACAUUGCUGGAGUGGACAGAUGACUUGGAAAUGUAUAUUCUAAAGGGUUAUGGUAAAUCAAUAAAUUAUAGAAUGGGGAUGCCACUACUUGAAGAUGUUGUUCAAUCCAUGGAGCAAGCUAUCUUAGCUAAAGAAGAAAAACACGUGCCUGGCAGCUUUGAAAAGGCAAGACUUCGGUUUGCACAUGCAGAAACCAUAGUCCCAUUCUCAUGCCUGCUUGGUUUAUUUCUUGAAGGGUCUGAGUUUGACAAAAUCCAGAAGGAAACACCUUUGGCGUUUCCUCCAAAGCCUCCACAGAAAAGAAAAUGGAGGGGUAGCACCGUGGCUCCUUUUGCUGGUAACAACAUGCUAGUCCUGUAUAGUUGUCCUGCGCCCGACAGAGCUAGAAGCAAGCACUUUGUGCAAGUGUUGCACAAUGAACACCCCAUUCCAAUGCCGGGUUGUCAUGGUUCUGAUUUCUGUCCAUUUGAAGUAUUCAAGGAAAAAAUAGUUGCUCCUCAUCGGAAGCAUGACUAUGAUACUGUCUGUAAUGCAAAGCUAGAGCCGAAGCCCUCGGGCAGCAAGAUAUUCCAAAUACUUCAGUGGCCUUUUCAACUAGGGAAAGGUGACAAGUACCCCAAAGAUGAAUUUUAGUUUGUUUUCUGGAAAGGAGCCCGAGUUCAAUUCUGACGUUCUUUUUUUGGCCGUUCCACUUAACAAAUUGUAGGCUAAGCCCCACUUCCUUCUAGCAGAGAACAUCGAUUUGAAUGCCAGUACAAGAAUGCCUUUGCUAUCUUAAGCUUGGUGUUCAAGCCACCCUCUUCUAUUUUCUGUAGCUUGUAACACUGGAGAGUUCUGGUCAUGGAAAGAAGAGUUCUAGAUAUCAGUUUCCCUUUUACCGUUAGAGUUUUAAUCUCAGCACUUUACACAUAUGAUGUAGGUCGAUGUUUCAUGUAUCUCACAUUUGCCGUUUCAUAUGAAUUUCAGUAUUUUUCUUUUGGUAUAGUAGAUACUUAAGCAGUGAUCUUUUGAUUUCUUGUAAUGACCCAGCUUUUGUGUAUGUUGAAAUGAUUGUGUAGCAGUUUUAGAUGAAUGAUGAUAUUAUGAUCUAACGAGAAA